AUUUCAGGCUGGUCAGUGUGGUUGCAGGAGUGAAAACCGGUCUGAUCUGUGUUUAUGUUCACGGUUUAAGUUUUGAUAUUCGCAUGCGGUUGAAAAAUCGACAGAACGCGACUUUCAGGCAGUUUUUCCCCCCCGAUGUUAAGACUAUUUUUCUGACAGCUUGAUUUACUAGGUACGACUUUGCUAAUAGGGAUUGCUAGAGAAAAUGGCGGACGUGGCUACAGCCGGCGUGGAAAAGAGCCUUGAUGACUUUUUUGCUAAGCGGGAUAAAAAGAAGAAGAAAGAAAAAGGGAAAACAAAAGAAGCACCAGUCAGCGCUCCGGUAUUGCUGAAGAAAAAUAAGAAAGAGAAGGAGAAGUCGACGAAAAGUGAUAAUCAAGAUCCGACUAUUGAGAAGGAGGAUGAGGAAUGGAAGGAGUUUGAGCAGAAGGAGGUGGACUAUAGUGGGCUGAGGCUCCAGGCUUUACAGAUGAGUGAUGAAAAAGAAGAGGAGGAGUAUGAGAAGGAGGAGGUAGGAGAGGACGGUGAAAUUAUUCUGGUCAGUGGCGAUAAAGUCUCUGGCCCUUGGAACAAGUCGGGACCUGCUCCGGCGGCUGCACCUGUUGAGGAGGAAGUUCCUGAGGCAAAGCCUACCGGUGUGUAUCGUCCACCUGGUGCCCGGCUAGGCCCAGCUAAAAGGGGUCCAGCCCAAGGGCCGCCAGAGAUCUUCAGUGAUGCUCAGUUCCCGUCACUCCUUGCCACUGCCAAACACGUAGAGACUCGCAAAGACAAAGAGAUUGAGAAGACGUUUGAGGUGGUGAAGCACAAGACCCGUGCCAGAGAGGCCGAAGGUCCAGGUUCCAUGCAGCAAUUACAGUUAGAUAAUCAAUUUGCCGUUCUGGGGGACAAAUAAACGUCAGCGCGUCCUCGUCCCUCAGCCCAGCACCAGUGGUGCAGUCCGAACAAAGUGCAGAGUGAGAAGACCUGCCGCUGUGCUCAUGCAGUCCUGAUCAUGCUGGAGAUGCAACACACACGCACACACACAGUAGUUUGUACUGAAUAGCCAUCUCUUUGUAGUCUUUCAUCUCUCAGACUUGCACACACAACCAUCAUGCAGACGUAUAGACAUUUUUAGUACAUUUUUUUUCCUGUUACACUCUCACACUUGCAUAAACACUGGCCAAAGUCCUCUCUUAGCGAACACAUUUAAAAGGGCUGUGGCAUAAGGGACAGAGUGACUAUAUUAACACACAUUUAACUGUUUGACAACUGAAUAACCCACGAUAGUGGAUUUAUUCAUAGUGGUUGUUGGUUCGCUGCGCAACGGGACAUCAGCUAAACUUGGGAACUUUGACCUCUCCGAGCACGGACCCUUCGACCCAUGCGACCGAACAUUUGUUGAAAAAUCCUUUUUUUUUUUUUCUUUUUUUUUUUUUGCUUUGCUAAAUCAGCCGAACUCUCGGACGUUAGAUCGUUUUCUUUUGGUGACGCGAGCAAGACCAGAGUGUGAGGAUAAGACUACCUCAGUUGUGAAUCUGUGGUUAUCAUGUCGACAGAGUCCUAGAUCCUGGUUAUAAUCCCAGCUGAAGAGGAGCACUUACUUAACUCUCGAUUCUAGACUUGAAGCUUCUUUUUCUUUCCUUUCUUCCCUGCUUCUGGGACUCUUCUCUCGACAAGGUGAAAAGGCUUACAGCAUUUUUAUCAGUUCUUAUAGUGGCCUUACUGUAAAAACAGAGUAAAAUCAGAGAAAUAUAUCCUAUAUAAGUCAAAGAGACGUAUCCUCUGGAGGGACACUUGCGGAGUACACGGUGGGCUCAUGCUUAUCUGAACUGUACCACUUUGAGAGGUGAAAACCACCUCCCUGCUUCUUUGUACCGGAUUGUAGUGUAGCUUGAUUGGAUUUUUUUUUUCUGGAUGCAGAAUAAGCAACUUACUUAAAAAGCGAUUUAUCUACGUUGUUAGGCUCAUGUGCUCAGAAAAAAACAGCAUUUGAUGAACUGUUUUCCUGUAAUGUUGUUUCUUUUCAUUUCCUCCCUCCGACUUUCCUUUCCAGGAUCCUUUUUAUUUGAUUUUCAUAAUUGGAAAACCAUUAUUAAAGCUUAUAAUAAAACAUCAUUACUGGGAUGACUUGUGCUGCUUUCUAUGCCACAGCUGGGAGCUGAAUCGGAGAGGUAACAGCUUUCUGAAUCGAUGUCACCUUGUCAUUUGGAUGUCAGUGCUGUGAAUUUCAGUAAAGGAGUCUUUUCUGGUACUUCCCAAAUGUGACUUUGCAGUCAUUUCCUUUAAAUCUUAGAAAUCCUGUUCUGUUUGAAUCUUUCAAAGUAUUACCAUACAAAAGUGACGGCAAAAUCCCUUAUAAAUCUUGACUAUCUGCCACACCAGUAGUUUCAGCUUGGAGGCCAUAGUUCAUCAGCGAUCCCCAACCUUUUUUGCACCACAGACUGGUUUCAUAUUAUUUCAUGGAGGCAGCAUGGGCAGGGGAUUUAAAAUAGAGUAACAAUACUAAUCACAAAUGAUGAAAAGUCAAUGGGAACCCUGAGCUUUUUUCGCUGCAAUGAAACACUCCCAUCUAGGGGUGAUGGGAGACAAUAACACCCGAAGUGUGUUGGAAAUGGAAGCAGUGUUUUCAUUGCUUUUGUUUGUGAUCUGUAAUUAUUUAUUCUUUCUGUGCGGCCCGGUAAUAAAUGAUGCCCGUUGGUUGGGGGCCACUGCAUUAGGGUGUCUUGUUAUGGUUCCUCAACGAAUCUGUUCAGAGAAAGACUGCUACACUCUAAUUAUUUAGUUCGACACCAUAUUUGUGCUAGAUUAGGAUUAGUUAAAACUCUAGAGCAUUAUGGUGUGGAUAUCACAUAGUGUUAGAAACAUUUCUAUCAAAUUUACAUCUGCCAUAGCAUGACUGCAUCAAGUAAUUGCUGCAGCUUUGCCAUCUGAACAUUACUGCUGUGUAUCUUUUCUCCUGCAACCUGUUUUCUUCAGAUCUGAUGACUGGGAAGGCUAUUAAGGGACAAUUAACUUAUUGUCAUGUGAAUAGAAUGGAUUUGAGGAUUUGAAGACUUCAGACAUAGCCAAUUGUGAUGAUGUGGGCACCUGGCUGGUCAAUAGCACAGCUAAAAUGUAAAUUCAGGAGCUUUGGAACUCAGUGGUGGUAGGCCAGUGAGUUAGGCCAGGGUUUAAAAAAAAAAAUGAGUCACAGGAAAAAAUAAUGAACUAAAUUAAUGAACUAGGGUACAUAAAAAUGAAAUAAACCUGUACACAAACGCCCCCUUAUGGAGGCUUUGUUACAUCCUGUAAACCUCUGUAGGACCAGAUUGCCACUUUUUAUAAAUUAAGUAUAUUUUGUUUUGUGUUUCGUAUUGAUGCAUUGUGUUGCUUGGGUUGAGGUAAAAAUCAUAAACAAAUUGUGGGUCACUUAAAAACAGUCUGAAAAAAAACCCUGUGUUAGAAUGCUGCACCAUUCCAGCACAAAUAAACUAUUAGAGGAAUUAUUUUAGACUGUGUCAAAAAUACA